GCUAGGCCCCCAUUGGUACCUCCUGACCUUUUUCCUCCGUCGUCGGUGAUGCUGCUGGUCGUCUUUUUUUCUUCUUUUAAAAGCUAUGUUCUUCUCUCAAUUUCACCUCACACCGUGAUGCUGCUGGUUGUUUUUUGGUGCUCUUUUUUGGAGCAGGGUGGACAGACUCCGUUACACGUGGCAGCAGGGCAGGGGCGUACGACGGCAGUGGAGCUGUUGACGCAGAAGGGAGCAUUGCUGGAGGCUAAAGAUGAUGGUGGAUUGACGGCAUUACACUUUGCUGCAUCGAACGGUCAGACAGCAACGGUCAACUUUCUAUUGAAGCUGGGCGCUAACAAAGAUGCGCGCACAGAUGUCGGUCAAAGUGCACUGCACCUGGCGGCCGCUCUAGGCCAGACGUCGACAGUCGCACUGUUACUGAAGCAUGGAGCAGACAAAGAAGCAAGGGAUGAUGCUGGACUUACUGCUCUACACGGAGCGUGCGAGGGUGGGAGAACAGGAACCGUUGAUCUACUCCUCCGCAGCGGUGCAGAUAAAGAAGCAAAGGAUAAGAGUGGACAGACACCCCUGCACGUGGCGGCUGAGAAUGGACAGACAGGAACGGUCGAGCUUCUGCUAAUGCACAAUGCGGACAUGGAGGCUAGAAAUGAUUAUGCUCAUACUCCUCUGCAUGUGGCGGCAAGAAAUGGGAGAACGGCAGCAGCCGAGUUGCUGGUUGAGAAUGGAGCAGAUAAGGAGGCGAUCACCAAUGUACGGCAAACACCCUUACAUAUUGCAGCAUCCAUGGGGCGCACAGCGACGGUCGAGAUGCUCCUGAAGAGAGGUGCAAAUGUAGAUGUGGAAGACGAUCAGCAGCAGCAUCAGGAACAUCAGCAGAAGCACGCUCCGGGAAGUGAUCGCAGUAUUAUUCUCGAUAACGGCCAGGACUCCUCUGCUGAGCGCUCUUUGUCGACGGAAGGAACAGGAGGUGAUUCCGAUGACGACAAUUAAUCCUCAUUGAGCUAGUUCAGUUCGACCACUGUGACACCCAUGUCUUGUUCAUCUCCCCAUUUCGGAGUCUCUUUGCAGCUGCUACCGUUGUGUGUUUGAUCAGCCGGCUGCUUUAUUGUUCAGCUGCUUCGACGGGAAAACGUCAGCAGUUCACGUGUGAAGGAAGGAAAGGGGUGAUCUCAAGGGGGCAGAUCAUCAAAGGGAGGUUCUGCUAGAAAAUGAGAAAGGAAGGAAGCAGAGGAAAGAGGGCGAGGGAGAAGCUGCGGUUGCAGAGAUUGGAGAGGGAGUAGAAGAAUUGCCAUGAAAAUGAGAAAGG